AUGCCGGGGGGGCUGCAAGGGUCACCCCCAUUGGUGCCGUCCUUCAGGCCGGCUAUAAAGGCACGCCGGGAUGCAGUGUGUUCCCAGAGGCAGCCCGGCUCCUGCGCCAUGCUGCGGGCCACUGUCAAGCUGUGCUGUGGCAUCGCUCACGACCACCUCCGCCGCCUGCCCGGCUUGAAGAUAACAGCCGUUGCAGAAAUACAGAAGGACGUGAGAGGACUGGUGGUGAGAGGAUCCUGCCACCUGCCUUCCAAAAUUCCCCGUUCUGUUCAGAGGCUGAUGGGGAAGGAGACAGCCACUUGCCCAGAGCCUGAUGGAGACGUCAGUCCCAGCCAGUUCUCCAGUGUGGACAUCUACAUCACCCAGGGAGAAACGGCCCUGGAGCGAGCGCUGAGCAUCCUGCAGCAGCACACCAGCUGGCAGGCAGAAGUGAUUCUGGACGCUGGGGCUGCCGUGUCCAGCGCCGCCUUCCCUGGGCUGGGCAAGGUGUUUCGGGCAGAGGUGGUCUUGGCCGUGCCGGUGGCCCGGCUGCACCAGGAGCUGUUCGAGAGGAUUGAGCAAAUGCCCCAGUGGAACCCAGCCGUCAGCCAGGUGAAGGUGCUGCAGCGUGUCGGAACGGACACACUGGUGACACACGAAGUCACUGCUCCAAGCCCGGGCAAUGUGGUGGGCCAGCGGGACUUUGUCAGCGUGCGGCACCGCGGGAGGAGGGAUACGGCAGUGUACCUGGUGGGCACUGCCACGCACAUCGAGCUGCUGCCCUCGCAGGAAGGGUGCAUCAGGGCUGAGUCCCGGCUGAGCUGCAUUGUCCUGGCGGGGCCCCCCAGCCAUACCCGCUUCACCUGGCUCCUCAGCAUGGACCUGAAGGCAAGUGCCACUGUGUUACUUGGGGGUACAAGGGGUGUGCAUUCCGGCAUCGGGACCAAAUUCCGGGUGUUUUCUCUCCCAAAGGGCUGGAUCCCCACGUCAGUCAUUAACCGCGUCCUGCCGCAGUCCCAAGCAGACUUCAUCAAGCACCUCUGCCGGCACCUCUCCACCGCCGCGUGUCCCUGA